AUGGCUGGGGACAAGAUUCUAGUUUUCGGCGCGACCGGGCCUGCGGGCAUCGCCCUUCUGCGCGAGUUGCUCCAUCACAAACUUCAAGCUCUCGCUUACUGUCGAAACCCUUCCAAGAUCCCUGAGGACCUCGCAUCUAAUGCCCUGCUUGAAGUUGUCAAAGGGGAUAUGUCCCAACGGGACGUUUUGUCUAGAGCGAUUGCGAAGUCACGGGCGAUCAUCUCACUCCUCGGACCCAGCGGCCCCCGCCAACCUAAGAACGCCGAGUUUGCCGACUACUAUCGAACCAUCGUACCGCUCAUGAAACAACAUGGAGUCCAUCGAAUCUUGGCCCUUGGCACCACAGCGAUGUAUCGGCCCGACGAUCAAAGCUCCGUCUCGCGCGCUCUCGUGGCUACGCUUAUCAAGGUCCUGGCAAACGGUGCAUACCACAAUAUCCUAGCCAUUCAGGACUAUUUUGAGAACUUGAAUGACAAGUCCAUCGAGUGGACCGUUUACCGGGUGGGCAAUCUAUCCGGUACAGGCGAUGCAUCCGCGUGGUCGGUCGAUCGUGAAGGAGGCAAGGCAUUUGAGGGUCCUGUCGGAGCUCCUGGCUUCACCUCAGGCAUAAAUCGGAGUAUCCUGGCCCGAUGGCUUGUUGAUGUAGCUACCGCUAGCCCCGCGAAAUGGGUGCGUCAAAUGCCUGCGGUCAGCAAGUCCGGCUAG